AAGAACUCCUUUUAAUCAACUAAAGGAGUGUAUAUCAUCAUAAUCAAAACAGAAAGUAUUUCUCAAAUUCAGCAAUGAAAACUUCCCAUCGUUUUUCCAAUCACUGAAACCAUUCAAGGUUUUCUACACAUCCAAAACCCGUGCAGCAAAAGCAAAAAAAGUUAAAAAAAAAUCAUUAACACUAAACAAACAAUGAAGGGAUACGACCAGGUCAUAUUCACGCAUGAGCUGCUGCACCAUCGCACUGUUGGCAGUCAAAUCGAGGAGACACGUCGUACUUGGCAAGAACAUUGUUCCUGGUUUCCGGCUGCCCAGCGGGAUUUGUACAGCAGAUAUGCCGAGAUUUAUGACGAGUGUCUCAGGAAGUAUGGCAACAAUCACUUCGAGUUCUAUGCAAAGAGGAACCGACUGAAUGAGGAAUACAGACUGAACACUCAAUCGUCUAUAGAUCGGAGGAAGAGAAUCUCUAAAAUUUCAAUGGAUCACUUAAAGGACUGUAAGGCUUCUCGUACUUCCAAUGCAGAGUACGGAAGAAUUCGGCCGAUGCAAUAUUUUUACUGCUUUUAAAUAUUUUGUCAACCCAUAAAUUUAUUGUUAUAAAUUUGAAGUUGCAGCUUAGACCGUGAAACCAAGGACAACCACCUUUAAAAUUUGAUAAAUUUGCUUGGAAAGUAGUGUUUAAUAUAUUCCGAAAUGCCACCCUAAUUCCGUAACCUUGAAGGUUGAAUUAGUUUAAGCUGCUUUAACUUAUUUUCGAGCUGAGUAAUUCUUCAAAAGGGGUACCACUCCCCUUGAGAAAUGAGCCGCAUGCAUGAUAUUAAUCCUUUGGCUUAUGCUAAUUUGGCUUAAACUGAGUCAGACUUUCCUGAGCUCUGAUACCGUCUGAAGGGGAACCCAGACCACUUUAUGGCAAAACAAAAAAGGUGGAAAUUGUCGGAGACAUGCGAGAGGCAAACGCGCAACAAACCGCAAUUGAAUGCAUUCAAGACCAAACAAAGCUACCAACGAGCAAACAAAAGGCCAACAGCAGUUCAUGAGUCAUGCGAAAGAAGGGGUUACAUGUAUCGCAUGUCUGCCGGUUUCACCUGGGCGUGAAAAUGCAAUCCAAUGGCUCAUUUGCAUACAAAGCCGUUCGAUUGUGGGCCAAACAGAGCAAGGCGAUGGCAACAAAUGGCCCUAAAACAGCUGCGGGUCUUGGUCAAAUUUAUCUGGACAUCUCAGCUUGGCAUUGAUCGACUGGCGGGGGAAAUUCCCUCAAACUUAGCCAAAAUGAAUGUUUCCUGUACAUAGCCAGUGACGUUUGAACUCAAAUUACUUAGGAAAUAGGCAGAAAAAAUCCUCGGCAAUUCUCUAAGCAUAACCUACACCUAAAUCUAAACAAGUCUUGUGCGUGUUGUAAAUUUAAAAAUAAAAUAAAAAUGAAGAAGUAACUAA